AUGACCAUAUCUAAGCCAGUGUCAAUAAUUGAGCCUGAUGUCGCGCAGAGAAAAAAUAGUUUAAUCGAGAAGCCGGAACAUUCUGGUAAAGAUCAUAAUGGCACAGAAUUGCUGCAUUGCAUAGGCUUAUACUCUCAUAGUGGUUUUGAUCCUUGUCAUGAAAGUCCUAAGAGGCAUUCAUUAUACUGUGAUAAACACCUUCCAAGCUGGCUCAAGCGUGCAAGAAAUGGUAAGAGUAGGAUAGUAUCCAGAGAAGUGUUUGUAGAUCUUUUGAAGGACUGCUAUUCACUUGAGCAGAAAUUGCAUUUACAUCAAGCAUGCGAACUUUUCUACAAGCUCUUCAGAAGUAUUUUAUCUCUAAGAAACCCAGUUCCUGUGAAACUCCAACUUCAGUGGGCCCUUUCUGAAGCUUCAAAAGAUUUUAGUGUUGGGGAAUUUUUAAUGAAGUUGGUUUACAGUGAAAAGGAGAGACUCCAAAGUUUAUGGGGCUUCACUGACAACAAAUGUACACCUUCGUCCUCUUUUGUGGAAGAACUUGUUCCCUUGCCAUUGUCCAUCAAUGACGGUUUUGAAGAUGACAAGACUAUUAAGUGCAAAAUGUGCUCAGUGGAAUUUCUUGAUGACCAGCAGCUCGGAACCCACUGGAUGGUGAACCAUAAAAAGGAAGGACAAAGGUUGUUUAGAGGUUAUGCUUGUGCAAUCUGCCUGGAUUCAUUUACUAACACGGAGGUUUUAGAAUCCCAUGUCCAGGAAAGACACCAUGUGCAAUUUGUUGAACAGUGCAUGCUUCUCCGAUGCAUUUCCUGUGGCAGCCAUUUUGGCAAUACUGAGGAAUUAUGGCCGCAUGUGCUGUCAGCUCAUCCUGUUGGUUUUAGACAGUCAAAGACUGCUCAACAGCAUAUUCUAUCAGCAGGUGAGGAAUCACCGCUGAAAGUUGAGCUCGUUAAUUCAGCUUCUUCGGAGAAUAAUUCAAAGAAUGUAGGCAGUUUUCAAAAGUUUAUUUGCAGGUUUUGUGGCAUGAAAUUUGAUUUGCUGCCUGAUCUUGGCCGCCGCCACCAGGCUGCUCACAUGGGACCAAGUUUAUCUAGCUCUCGUCUUCCAAAGAGAGGGGUUCGUUAUUAUGCUUAUAAACUAAAAUCUGGGAGACUAAGCCAUCCUAGAUUUAAGAAAGGUCUGGGAGCAGUGUCAUAUAGGAUCAGGAAUAGGGCAACUGCACAUAUGAAAAAACGCCUCCAGGCGUCAAAGUUGAUUGACCCUGACAUCAUUAGUUCAGAGCCUCAUAAAUUAUUCUCCAAUAUUCAUAAAGCAAAACCGCGACCUAAUAACUUAGACAUUCUGUCUAUUGCUCGCUCUUCUUGUUGCAAAGUGAGCCUCAAGGCCUCAUUGGAGGAGAAGUAUGGCAUGUUACCAGAACGUGUGUACCUUAAGGCAGCUAAGCUUUGCAGUGAGCAUAACAUUCACGUCGAGUGGCACCAAGAGGAAUUUACAUGCAUAAAUGGAUGUAAGUCUGUCAAGGACCCAGAGGUUCUGUCCCCAUCAGUUCCUCUACCUAAUGGUUUUGGAGGUCGCCUGUCAGCAGAUUCCCUGGAUAAUGUAGACGAAGAAUUGGAAAUGGAUGAGUGUCACAAUAUCAUUGGUUCACAAAAUUUUAAACAGUGUCCCAUGCAGAAGGCCAGUGUCUUGUGUGAUGAUUUAAGCUUUGGAAAAGAAUCAGUUCCAGUAGCUUGUGUAGUGGAGGAAGGUCUUUUGGAUUCCCUUUACAUCUCUGGGGACAGUUCAAAAGGUCAAAAUGCUAAAUCCUCCAUGCCUUGGGAGAACUUUAUUUAUGUUACGAAAUCUUUGUUUGAUCAGUCCCUUGAUCUUGAUGUUGAGAGUUUGCAACUUGGGUGCACUUGUUCCAAUUCAACAUGCUGUCCUGAGACAUGUGAUCAUGUGUAUCUCUUCGAUAAUGAUUAUGAAGAUGCAAGAGACAUAUAUGGGAAACCCAUGCGUGGCAGAUUUCCUUAUGAUGACAAAGGUCGAAUUAUCUUGGAGGAGGGCUACCUUGUCUAUGAAUGCAACCACAAGUGUAGCUGCAGUAGAGCAUGCCCAAAUAGGGUUUUGCAAAAAGGAGUACAAGCAAAACUGGAAGUCUUCAAAACAGAGAAUAAGGGAUGGGGAGUCAGGGCUGUUGAACCAAUUCUGAGUGGCACAUUUGUCUGUGAGUACAUUGGGGAGAUCUUAAGCGAGAAAGAGGCAAACAAUAGGCUUACCAGGUAUGAUAGAGACAGUUGCAACUACUUGCUUAACGUUGAUUCUCACAUCAAUGAUAUGAGCCGAUGGAUUGAAGGACAAGCAGGAUAUGUUAUUGAUGCGUCCAAAUAUGGAAAUGUUUCCAGGUUCAUCAAUCAUAGGUGCUCACCAAAUCUUGUGAAUCAUCAAGUUCUUGUGGACAGCAUGGAUUGUAAUCAAGCUCACAUUGGUCUCUUUGCUAGUCAAGAUAUAUCUAUAGGCGAAGAGCUGACUUUUGACUAUCGAUAUGAACUGCUGCCGGGACAAGGAUAUCCAUGUCAAUAUGGAGCUUCUACAUGUCGGGGCCGCCUUUACUGAAUCCUCAUGGAAAUGGAGUUCUGCAGUGUCCAUAUGUGAACAUGCAACUUGCUGCAUGGAAUUUUCGACCAAGCCAGAUUGUACCUAUGGUAGUUCUUUCAAACGGAAUGGAAGAAAGCAGUGUAUUUGGUGGAUCUCUUUUUUAAACUCUUCCCUGUCCCUCAAUUCUUCUUUCUUUAGUAGCGUAGUCCACUUUCUAGUGGAGUUUGCUGUCGAAAAUUUCCUUCCUUUUGGUUCCCGUUGGAGUUCUUAGGUUUGAUAGCUUAGACCAGGAAUGUUAGACAGCUUUUGUGAUGCAUGAGGUGCCUGGGCCUUCUAUGUGACAUUCUCUGUAGUUUGCUUUCCAUUGUAUAAAGUUUGAGCAUUCUUAUCGUGCCUUGGCAUAUAUUCAGUUGGAAAAGUA